AUUAACUUGUAUUUGUAAGGCGGUAUUUAAAUAAUCGUCUUGUCUAGUAAGUUUAUUUUAUUGUUUCAAGUGACAUGGAGGCGUCCAACUUUCCUUAUGAUGUCACAGACGUGGAGAGUCAAGUCAGCAAUGAAAUUUUUAAAGCAAUCAAACCGCUGCCUCUCGUUUAUGUGGGACCUAAACGCUACAUCUUCCCAGAAAUGUACAAGGAAUGGGGCCCGCAGUUUUAUAAUAUGGAGAUACGCCCCGACGAUAUUUUCCUAGUGGGUUUUCCGAGAUCAGGGACAACAUUAUGCCAAGAAAUAAUUUGGCUUUUAAACAAUAAUUUAGAUUAUAAAAAAGCAAAAUCGAUACCUGUUGGAGAGCGUGUUCCUCUCAUGGAUUUCUCCUUGGUUGCUUUUGGGGGAGAAACAUUCAAAAAUAAUAACUCUCCUGUACUACAAAAGCUGGAACCAUACGUACACAAGCUACGUACGGCCCCGUCGCCUCGGUUCAUUAAAAGCCAUUUGCCACUCUCACUUCUACCGCCGAAACUCCUGGAUAACAAUAAGGUGGUGUACAUUGCCCGCGACCCACGAGAUGCAGCAGUUUCUCUAUACCAUCUAAUGGAAUUGAAAUAUUUAAAACAAGGAACAAGCUUUAAAGAGUUUUGGAAUAAUUUCAUUGCUGGACGAUGUGUAAUGUGCCCAGUUCAAUCACAUAUACGAGAGGGCUGGGAAAAAAGAAAUAACCCAAACCUUCUGUUUUUAAGCUACAACGAACUGACGCGAGACUUUCCAUCAACUUUGAAACGCAUGGCAACAUUCUUCAACAAAGAGUACACAAACGACCAGAUAGAUGAGCUCUGUGGCCAUCUCAGCUUCGAUAAUUUUAAAAACAACGAGUCUGUCAAUCGUAGCUCUACAUAUCAUAAAUUGGGCUACGUGAAUAAUGAAAAUCCAUUUAUUCGAAAGGGUAAAGCUGGUGGCUGGAGGGAAUAUUUUGAUGAUGAAAUGACCAAAGAAGCAGAUCGUUGGAUUUCGGAGCACUUCGCCGAUAUAGGCUUAGGCAUUGAUCCCAAAUAAAUUUAUUUUAAAAUACAAUAAGUUUAAAUAAAACAAAUUUUUACUUAUUUAAAAAUAA